UCCAAAAGAAACCCCAUCCUCACCCUGAGCUUCAUGUGGAGGCUAUGCAUCUUUUAUAUCAACAUCUAACUUUUCUUCAAUAGUGGGGAAAGAUGGACCUACAGGUGGAAAACCAAAGCCAGUCUUUCAACACCAACACCGUGAGGCUGCCAGCUAAACAUAUACUGGGAAUGGGUGUAGAUAACUUUAUUUCUCUUCUGAUAUUUGGACUUAUUUUCAUCCUCGGUGUGCUUGGGAACACCAUGGUGAUUACGGUGCUGGCGCGCAGUAAACCGGGACAACCGAGGAGCACAACCAACAUCUUCAUCCUGAACCUGAGCGUGGCUGACCUGUCCUACCUACUUUUCUGCGUCCCCUUCCAGUCCACAAUCUACAUGCUGCCAACAUGGGUCCUGGGAGCUUUCAUCUGCAAGUUCAUCCACUAUUUCUUUACCGUGUCCAUGCUGGUCAGUAUUUUCACUCUGUCGGCGAUGUCCGUGGACCGUUACGUGGCCAUCGUCCACGCCAGGAAAUCCUCGUCGAUUCGAGUGGGGAGGCAUGCCAUGCUCGGAGUGGUACUGAUCUGGACCCUGUCUCUGGUCAUGGCAGCUCCUGUGGCGCACUACCAGACCAUCGUGGAGCGGGAGGACAACAACACCUUCUGCUGGGAGGUUUGGCCGGAUCACCAAAGGAAAGUCUACGUGUUGUGCACCUUUGUUUUUGGAUAUCUCCUGCCCCUCACUUUGAUAUCUGUCUGCUAUGCAAAGGUUUUAAACCAUCUACACAAAAAACUGAAGAAUGUUUCCAAAAAAUCUGAGCUCUCCAAAAAGAAGACUGCGCAGACAGUCCUGGUGGUGGUGGUGGUCUUCUGCCUGUCGUGGCUGCCUCACCACAUAGUCCACCUGUGGGUGGAGUUUGGCUCUUUCCCUCUGAACCAGGCCUCUUUCGUGUUCAGGAUGGUGGCUCACUGCUUGGCCUACAGCAACUCAUCCGUCAACCCCAUCAUCUACGCUUUCCUGUCCGAGAACUUCAGGAAUUCGUACAAGCAGGUUUUCUGGUGCCGGACGCCCAACAAGUGCCCUGUUUACGACACCAGGGAGCUCCGCAGCAGAGUGGAGACGGCACCGUCCACUAACAUCAGUGUGACUUACAAAGGUCAUGACUCUCAGAUCAGUAAAAUGCUUUGAUGCCGCUGCUGAUGUUAGAGGCAUUUUCUGUAUUCUAUAUAGAGCCUGACCAAUACUGGACAUUUGAGGCCAAUACAUGUUGUGAUAGGCUAUUUGUGCUUGACUUGGGCCACUAAUCACCAGAAUCAUGAAUAUAGCCUACUGUAUAUACACAUUUGAUGUUGUUAUGUGUAAGGCAUGAUAGGCCCAUUGCCUGCUCUGAGCCACAAGAGUAGAAAAGAAAGAGUUUAGCAUCAGCACAGAGACUGUAAACAGCUAGCCUGGCUCUGUCUAAAGGUAAGAAAAUUCACCCAACAGAAACUAUAAAGCUCAUUAACCAACACAUUAUAUGCAGUUUUAACACUUAUAAUAAAUUAUAAAUAAUAUAAAAACAUUUUUUAAAAGUUUAAAAACGGCAACCGGCUUUCACAUAGGGUUAGGGUUGUGUGCCAGAUUGUUUUGUUGCCAGACAGACAGUUGGUGCUCCUAACACGCAAAGCAUAAAUGUAGUCAUCUAAUUUUCUGCAAAAAAGCCAAUAAUCAUAUUUCCCAAAUUGAUGAACUUUCUGAUUCUGACCAUCAAAUGAAUAAUUGCUGGACACAAAUGUGCCCUCUAGUGGAUAAACUUUGUAACAAUGUUGCUGUCUCCAAAGAUCCCUACUGAAAUUUAAUUCUUCUUGCCAGACAAAAACAUAAAUGUUGGACAAUUUUUCAAAACCACUGGUUAUGUUCAAUGCAAACAACUUAUUGCAUUUUACUAUAUCUGCGCAUGGCAUCUACCGUAUGGUUAAUGUUAGGGAAAAAUCAUGGUAAUGGCAAAUGAUGUAUGGUUAAGGUAUAGUUAGGGUUAGGCAAACUCCAGUGUCCUGCAUUCAUGUUAGAUAUGCCAUGCAAUUUCCAUGUAAUUCUCUGGGACAUUUUUGUACUACAUUUUAUUGUUAAUUACGGGCCAACAUAUACACCAAAUCUGCCAUGUCCAUGUAUUGGUCAGGCUUUAGCUCUGAGUUUGGUUUUACUAAUGCAGUUAGUGCCAUAAUGUGAAACUUAUUUUUUAAAGGCACAAUUUGAAGUGGAAUGCAAUGUACUUAAAUUGAGCUCUUGGUGAAAUGCAUUUGAGCAAAGAAUCACUUCACCAACUUUAGAGAGCAUUUACUUUCUUUACCUUUCAUUUUAGGCCUCUUCAUUACAUUCUUCCCAUAUAGGAGUCACCAGGAGAUCAGACUCUGCUCUGAUUGUUAAAUCUGAAGUCUGAGUUACUAUGUUCAUACAAUGUUGGCUCUAUACCAGAGAACAUCAAGUACGUGCACAUGAGAAUACUUUAAAUGGCAGUGCAGAUGACCAUUCUGUCCCCAAAGACAAAAGGAUAAAUAAAGCCCCUCAUUGGUUCACACCAGAGCUACCAGAGACAGUUCACAACAGGAAAGAAAAACUGAGUCUGGGAACACGAUUCACUUCUCCAGUUCAUGUUUGCAGGAAAAACUGAGCGCGAAAAGGCCCCACUCACAGUCAAACAUGCAGAUGCAUGUUUUAAACUCACUCUACACUCAGAUUUCCCCCAUUUAUGCUAAAGGCAACCUCUGAACUUUGUUCUUUGUUUGUACUCUUGAAGUUAAUGUCACUGUAAAAUGUUUUCAC